AUGAAGAAAAUGCUGCCACUGGAAACGCUCUCCGUUGGCCCCAUAGUGGUUGACACAGUGUCCGAAGUCACCUCCCUUCUGCUUCUUCUUCUUCUCCUGCUGCUGCUGCUCAUCAACGCCUGGAGCCAAACAAACCGGUCUCACAUACCAGGUCCUUCUUUCUUGGCAGGGCUCGGUCCUAUUCUCUCCUACAUCAGGUUCAUGUGGACUGGGAUUGGAACAGCAAGCAACUACUACAACAACAAAUAUGGCAGCAUGGUCCGGGUUUGGAUUAAUGGCGAGGAGACUCUCAUUUUAAGCAAGUCUUCAGUAGUGUACCAUGUUUUGAGGAGUGCCCACUACACAGCCAGAUUUGGCAGCAAAAAAGGGCUGCAGUGUAUUGGGAUGGAAGGGAGGGGUAUCAUUUUCAACAGUGAUGUCCCACUCUGGAAAAAAGUGAGGACAUACUUUGCUAAAGCCCUGACAGGCCCCGGCCUCCAGAGGACAGAGGCAAUCUGUGUGAGCUCCACUGCCAAACACCUGGACAGCCUGCAGGAGAUGACCGACUCCUCCGGACAUGUGGAUGCUCUAAAUCUGCUGAGAGCCAUAGUGGUGGACAUCUCCAACAGGCUUUUCCUCAGGGUGCCGCUCAAUGAGAAGGACUUGCUGAAGAAAAUCCAAAACUACUUUGAGACCUGGCAAACAGUUCUAAUAAAGCCUGAUCUAUUCUUCAAGAUUGGAUGGCUGUACAACAAGCAUAAGAGAGCGGCCCAAGAGCUGCAAGAUGCGAUGGAGAGCCUUCUUGAAAUUAAAAGACAAAUUAUUAAUGAAACUGAGAAGUUGGAUGAUGAUCUUGACUUUGCAACAGAGCUCAUCUUUGCACAGAACCAUGGGGAGCUGUCAGCAGAUAACGUCAGGCAGUGCGUGCUAGAGAUGGUGAUUGCAGCACCUGACACGCUUUCCAUCAGCCUCUUCUAUAUGCUGAUGCUGCUGAAACAAAACCCAGACGUAGAGCUGAGGAUAGUGGAGGAGAUUAACACUGUCUUGAGUGAAAAAGAUGCUGAAAACAUUUAUUACCAAAGAAUGAACGUGCUGGAGAAUUUCAUCAAUGAGUCUUUGAGGUUUCAUCCUGUGGUUGAUUUCACUAUGCGAAAAGCUCUGGAAGAUGACAACAUCGAAGGCACUAAAGUCAGGAAAGGAACCAACAUCAUUCUCAACAUUGGUCUCAUGCACAAGAGUGAAUUCUUCCCCAAACCAAAAGAGUUCAGCCUGAUGAACUUUGACAAAACCGUGCCGACUCGUUUCUUCCAGCCCUUCGGCUGCGGGCCUCGUUCCUGCGUGGGCAAACACAUUGCCAUGGUGAUGAUGAAGGCCAUCUUGGUCACUCUGUUGUCUCGUUAUACAGUGUGUCCUCGUCAAGGCUGCUCCCUAAACAGCAUCAGGCAGACCAACAACCUGUCGCAGCAGCCUGUGGAAGAAGAGCACAGCCUGGCCAUGCGCUUCAUCCCACGAACUGCACCACUUCAACACAGUCAGCUCUGA